CGGAUCGCUUUACGUUACCAACUUUUUCACUAUUUUCUUCGUUCUUACAUGUCGUGUGAUAUUUUGAUUGAAAGUGAGUGAUUCAGUGAUUAAUGAGGAUGAGAUACGUGCAAUUUUGUUUGGUAUUGAUAUUCAAGAAUCUGGGCGCUGCCGUAUAUUUCUGUUUUGGAGUAAGCGGGUGGGCGCGCGCGCGCUGGCGGCGGCGGUGGCGCGGCGCGCGCGACGACAAGCGAUCGCCGACACCGACUCGGACGCCGACGCCGACUCGAAGCGCACCGGCGAGCGCCGCGCUCAGUGCCGCCGCGCCGCGCCGCCGCACCGCUCGCAUCAUGCUAAACAUGAAGCUGAAAGAGCGGCUUGCGCUCGCGAUCAGCGCGCUCCUCGUACUCUUCACGCUUAUGCUCGUGGUUGACAUCCAGAUGGACUAUGGUAUCUCUGGACACAGAGUACCACUGCACGGACGAGUCAGGAUAGGGGACGAUCAGGAUAAAGGAAGAUCCGCAUAUAUAGAGUUCAGAAAACGAUUCCUUCAAAAAAGUAAUGGAAGCAAUGGGUCUCGAGAGUUUGAACAGUCAGCGCCGAGUGAGACUAGCGGCGGCGGUGAGGCUGAACCUCGAACUCCAGCGCCUCCAGUCGACCACUACGAAGACCUGGUGAAGAUUAUCAAUUCCCAACUCACGGGUAACAAUGAAGACCAUCCUGUGGUAGUGCCCCCACAUCAUGACCUAAAUGUUCUUAGACCAGAAAACCCAACUAUAGGCGAAAUGGAGGAUCUUGAACCAAGUGUGAACGCGUCCAACUUGGAGAAGUUCCAGCUGCGGAUAGCGCAGCACGAGCUGUACGAGGACGGGGAGCCGCUCGUCGACGCCGUGCUCAAGGACAUGGCCACGCUGCCCAUACUGCACGCAGAACAAAAAGAAGGUGGAACACAACUGAAGUUGAUUAUAGACUAUCCAAACGGCAUACAAGCACUGUUUAAACCAAUGAGGUUCGCUCGAGACGUCCAAACUCUACCGAAUCAUUUCUAUUUUUCUGAUUACGAGCGACAUAACGCGGAGAUUGCGGCCUUCCAUUUGGACAGGAUAUUAGGGUUCCGUCGCGCAAUGCCAGUCAUAGGUCGAGUUCUAAACAUGACGACGGAGAUCUAUGACGUCACCGAGGGCGACAUCUUGCGGACAUUCUUCGUGUCACCAGCAAACAACUUCUGCUUCCAUGGCAAGUGCUCGUAUUACUGCGAUACGGGGCACGCGAUUUGCGGCAACCCUGACAUGUUAGAGGGGAGUUUCGCUGCCUUCUUACCGUCUCCAGACUUAGCUGAACGAAAGGUAUGGAGACAUCCAUGGAGAAGAUCAUACCACAAGAGACGAAAAGCUCAAUGGGAACUACAGUCUGAUUACUGUGAUACAGUCCGCAGUACGCCGCCCUACGACUCGGGUCGACGUUUACUUGAUCUGAUGGACAUGUCAAUCUUUGAUUUCUUGACCGGCAACAUGGACAGACAUCACUACGAAACGUUCAAGAUGUUCGGUAAUGACACAUUCACGUUGCACCUGGACCAGGGAAGAGCUUUCGGGAAGGCGUUUCAUGACGAGCUCAGCAUCCUGGCGCCGCUGCUGCAAUGCUGCAUCGUACGGCACACCACGCUCGCCGCGCUACUCAAGUUUCACAAUGGGGAUCCACUUUCGAAAGUUCUCCGUGAGUCGAUGAACGCAGACCCCGUCUCUCCAAUUCUAUGGGAGCCGCACCUCGCGGCUGUUGACAGGAGAAUCGGGCUAAUAUUAGAUGCAAUUAGAAAAUGUAUCGAAAAAGCCGAGAAUCCUUUACAGGAUGAAGUGAACGAUUUUGUAUGACCAGUGCCACUAGUGUUUCAGACUAUGUGCGAUGAAACUAUUAGAAAAUCUCACUGAAAGUGAUUAUAAAAAUGUGAUAAGUGGUACUACUGUGGUAUUUAAAGGUCAGUGAUAAUUAUUGUGAAGGACUAACUAGUCGGACUCUCCUGUAUUGUGACUUAAGACAAUCCUAGUAUGUAAGUGAAUUUGUAAUCAAUGCAAAUAUUAACUUAUAGUCUUUGGUCCUAAAAGACUACCUUGUUAGCGUUAAAAUUUUAGUGCCAAAGAUUGUCCAAAUGAUUACGUGAGAUGUUCAGCAUAAUUUUAUUACCAUUCCAUUUGAAGCGUUUUUUUAAAUAAGCCAUUUUAAUCAUGCCAAAUAUAGAGAAAGAAAUUUAUAUUUACGAUACUUUUUUGUACAAAUUGACAAUUUCUAAAUUGAAUUAGGUUUAAUCAGUAUUGGAGGACUGAGAAUUAGGAUAUGGCCUAUUUUUAUUAUACAUAAAUAAGUCUGAUGAGGCGUACGUACGAGUAUAGGAAGUGCAAACACAUCUGUACAUAAUUUUAGUGAAAUGCAAUUACUUUAAGAUCUUAUUUUAAGUUAUAAAUCAUUUUAAAUUCUCACAUAAUUAUAGGCACAUUUUAUCAGCUGUUAGUACAAUGUAAUAAACAACUGUAACAAAUUUAUGGUUGUGAACCAAUUUUGAAAUCAGAUUACUAAAAUUAUUCAAAAUUGUUCAUAUUUUUUUUAAUUAAUUGAUUCUAAAAGCGUUUAUCAUUUUUUUACAUGUUGCCAUUUUACUGAUAAAAUGCGUCUAUAACUUUGUAUUUGUUAUGUUUAUUUUUUGUUGUGAAGUCCAUUACCAUUGUAGCUCAAAGCUCAAGAAUACACAUAUCAUGUCAAGCAGUUUAUAUUUGUAUAUCUCUUGAGGCAAUUUUGCCUUCCUACCUUUAUUUUUAGGAUUUUGUCACUCGUUGGUUUUGAACGUGCUAAUAUUUUGCUUGUUGUUUUGAUUUUUGUUUUUUUUUUCAACUAAACUUUAUUGCACCUUCUGUAUCUAUAGGGUGAUCUCAAAAUUGAAUUUAGUGGUCUCUUUAAAAAAACUUGAGACACUAAUCAGUGUAUUCGUGUAGUUAUUUACUAUUUGUUUUUUGCGAUAACUGACGUAGGUUUGUAGUUUAAGUUAAGCCUGUUACUCAUCCUCAUUAUUAACUGAACAGUUACAACUUACGCGUGUAGACCAAAUUUAAACUGUCAGUUAAACUGUAUAGUUCUCAGUUUUGUCUACACACGUAAGUUACAACUGUACAGUUUGAUUGUUCAGUUAAAACUGUGCAGUUAAUACUGAAGGUGAGAUACGGGUUUUAUAAGAAAUUAAGUAUUUAUUCUUUAAUUAUUCGUAGGUGUGAUUGGCUUUCCUAUUACUGAUAGCGAAUUUAUAUUGAGCAUGUCGAGUUAUACGAGGCUUUAUUAUAGGCAUGGGUUUUGACUUCAGAAAAACAUGUACAAAAUAUGUUUAUACCAAUGUUUCGAGAGUUGUAGCCCAUUGUCAAAUUGUAAAAGAACGGCUUGCCAAAGAUGUACCUUCAUAAAUAACAGUGUACGUUUAAAAAUGUUGUAUAGCAUUAUAUGGACCGAGUUGAUUGUUAAUAAAUUUUCAAUAACCAAA